AGCAAAAUUAAAGUGAAUCAAACAGGACCUAAGAGAGAUAAAAAGCGUUAUUAAUUAGGAAAAUUAUGUAAAUAAAAAAUGUUAAUAACAUUACGAAAUGAGGGUGUAUAAAUUUGGUGUAUUUUUAGGACAAAAAAUGACUUGGAUGAAAAAUUAGAAAUAGAAAAAGUACCAAAACAUAAAUAAAACAAAGUUAUUGAAUUAACCAUAAUUAAUAAAAAGAAAAUGCUAUACAUAAAAUAAAAUAAUAAAAAUAGUUGUAGUAAAAUCUCAAAGCAGCAAGCAGGCAAUAAAUUCCCCUGUCUCUCGCAUUCUCAUUCUCCAAACUCCAACUUCUCCUCUCUCUUCUCCUUCCUCUGCACUCUCCUCAACUCAUUCUCACACAACAACUUCACCUCAACUCCAAAUCAACUCUACUAUCUCCUCCAUUCCCUCUUUCUCUCUCCUCCCUUCGCCAUUUUCUGGCGACAACCAUGACGGUUUUCUCUCACACCUCCGCCGCCAUCGCCGGAAAACAGAUUUUCCCGGUCAACUACGAAGCCGAGGUUUCUCAACGCCUCCUCGAUUCUCUCUCCUCCGGCGAUCUCAAAGCCGCUUCCGACUGCUCUUCCAACUCUUUUCUCGACGUUAACUUCGUCGGCGCCGUCUCUCUUAAGCUCCGUCGUCCUGAGGUUGUUCUCCGUGAUCAUUUACCAAACGACGUCGUUCUUCACUAUGAGGAGUUCAAAACUGACGUCACUCCACUUUUUCUCGCUGCUCAUUUCGGCAAUUUUAAUCUUCUUCGUCAACUCCUGAAUGCUGGAGCUGAUGUAAACCAGAAACUAUUCAGAGGUUUUGCGAUUACUGCAGCAGUGAGAGAAGGGCAUCUCGAGAUUGUGAAGGUGCUGCUCAAGGCGGGGGCUUCUCAACCAGCAUGUGAGCAGGCUCUCUUGGAGGCUAGCAUUCAUGGACGGGCAAGGUUCGUGGAACUGCUGAUGGGAUCUGACCUUAUACGGCCCCAUGUUGCCCUGCAUGCUUUUGUCACAGCAUGUGGCAGAGGAUUCACUGAUGUUGUUGAUACAAUGAUUAAGUGUGGUGUGGAUACAAAUGCAAUGGACCGUGUACUUCUCCAAUCAUCCAAGCCAUCUCUUCAUGCCAACAUUGAUUGCAAUGGGCUAGUCGCUGCUGUUGUCAGUAGGCAACCAUCUGUUGUCCGUUUGCUGCUACAGGCUGAUAUAACAGACAUGGAAGUGAAGCUUGGAGCUUGGUCAUGGGACUCAGAUUCAGGUGAAGAGUUUCGAGUGGGUGCAGGAUUAGCAGAGCCAUAUCCCCUCACUUGGUGCGCAGUCGAGUACUUUGAGAUCAGUGGCGCAAUCCUCAGGAUGCUCCUCAAAAAACACUCUCCAAAUACUCCUCAUCUCGGAAGAACUCUUCUUCACCAUGCCAUCCUCUGUGCUAGCAGUGUAGCUGUCAAUGUGCUGAUCGAUUGUGGAGUUGAUAUCGAGUGUCCAGUUACAACAUCCAAUACUUUGUUCCGUCCCUUACACAUGGCUGUUCGACUUGGGUUACCAACGAUCAUCCGAGCUCUUCUUGAAGCUGGCUGUGAUAUAAAUUCAAGGACUAACUCUGGUGACACGGCUCUUAUGAUAUCUGCCAAGUUCAAGCAAGAAGAGUGCCUCAGGGUACUGGCAGCAGCUGGUGCUGAUUUUGGGCUGAUCAACGAUGUUGGCUUUUCUGUUGCUUCAAUUGCUUCCUCAAAUAAGUGGUCUUUGGGUUUUCAAGAAACAAUUUUGCAAGUCAUCAAGGCAGGGAAAGUUCCUCAAAGCAGCAAUUUCUCUACCUUUUCACCUUUACUAUUUGCUGCUCAAGUUGGGGAUACAGAGGCUCUGAAAAUAUUAUUAGCGCAGCCAGAAAUAGAUAUCAAUCAACCUGACGACAAUGGCUUCACAGCAGUCUUGCUUACAGCCUUAAAAGGUCAUGUAGAAUCAUUUCGCUUGCUUGUAUAUGCCAAGGCUGAUGUGAAACGAUCCACUAAAUCAGGUGAUACCGUGAUAACAUUAUCAGAGCUCAGCUGCACCAGAGACUUGUUUGAGAAGGUGUUACUUGAUUAUGCACUUGAAAUGGACAACCGCUAUGCUGUAGGGUUCCAUGCUCUUCACUGUGCUGCACGUCAAGGAGACCUAGGAGCUGUCCAAUUGUUGACUAGCAAGGGUUAUGAUGUGAAUGCUGCUGAUGGAGAUGGCUACACACCUCUAAUGCUAGCAGCCAGAGAAGGACAUGCCCAAAUAUGUAAACUCUUGAUUAUGAAAGGAGCUUCUUGUGAUUUUAAGAACUCCAGAGGUGAAACACCACUUUCUUUCGCAAGGAAGAAUGGUAGGAAAGACAACGAAGCAGAAGGAAUUAUACUAGAUGAGCUCGCUCGAAAGCUGGUAAGGAGAGGAGCUUGUGUGCAGAAACACACUAAAAGAGGCAGAGGGUCUCCCCAUGCUAAAAUGAUCAAAAUGGUUGGAGCGACUGGAGUUCUGACAUGGGGAACAUCCAGCAGGAGGAAUGUGAUCUGUAAAGAGGUUGAAGUUGGACCUAGUGCACGUUUCUGCAAGAACAGGAGAAGCAAGGGUGAUGCAGAUGAAGCUGGGGUGUUUCAUGUAGUAACAACCAAGAACAAGGAAGUGCAUUUUGUGUGCGAAGGCGGUUGCAAUGCUGCUAAACUGUGGGUAAGAGGGAUCAAGCUUCUGACAAAAGAAGCUGUAUUUAGCUCUAAGCUGAAUGGUAAUUGAAUGAUGAGGUACUUCAUUUAGGUAUAUUGGUGUUCUAUAGUAGUGGUGUAAUACUUCACCUCGAAGUAUUCUUUCAUUGUAAAUAUUUGCGAACAGUUAAAGAGAAUCAAAAGAAAAUAUUUUCGAAAUUGUGUCAAACUGGCAAAGCAGUUUUGUGGGAAAGGCAAAAUUAUACUAUUCUGACAAACAUCAUCGAUUCUUACAACUCAUAUACCUUUCAACAGUAAUAUAUCAUCUCAACUGGAAUAUACAU